CUAAAAUCUAUAAACCAUUUGAGCGAGUAGCCAGAGAAAUCGACGGCAUGUAUAAUGAAACCACAGAUACAGUACCAUUGGAAAUAAAUUAUAUUUAUCGGCCUGUUUUAUGGAGCGAAAGAAUGUUGUUUAAUGAUUUAGAGAUUUCACCUGGUCAGGAAUUCGGUGUCGAAGAUAUGAGUGUGAUUUCACGGGCAGUAGACUUUAGUAAAUUUACAUAUCAGCUGGGCAACAUUGUUUGCGUGAAAGAUACAUUUCGCACUAAUAGAAGACUGUCUUGCGGUGACGAUUUUCAGUCAUUUCCCACUGAGAAGAUGUGCAUUUACGAUUUAGACAAACAUGGAAACUUAGAAGAUUGCAGAUCAAUGGGACACCUGUCAAAUUGCGGUUGUACCGUGCUUAUUAAUUAUAAAAUUUUGCGAAAUGUAUGAUUUUGUGAGCUCGCCACAAAAAUUUAGUCGUCACUUACGGCGAUUCGGUGUAUGUGCGUGCGUCCGUCCGUCCGUUCGUGCGU